AAUUUUAUAUUCCUGUCGUGGCCAAUGCACAAACCGUGCGAGCCAUUAAAAUAAUAAGAAUAAUAAUAAUAAAAAAAAUAUAUUUACAUCUUAGAGAAAGGUAAAUAUACCAGAUUUACAUUGAAUUUUAUUAAUUUGUUCACUUUUGUUUGUUUAAAAAUGGAGCAUAAACGUUUGGGAAGCUACGGACUAUGCAGAUGUUGCUUAACCAAGGGAUAUCAUCGCGAUAUUAUGAAGGAAUAUUACAACAAUGGGGCAAGAGAAGUCUACUAUGAUGUUUUUAUGGAAUCAUAUAAUCUUUUUCUAUCAACAGAUGUUAACUUAAGUAAGCUGAUAUGUAUGUCAUGUGUGCAGCAACUAAGAGCUGCAACCAGUUUUCGUACAAUGGUUGUCUCGACGGAACAGCGCUUGCUUGAAGCGCUCAAAGAGGGAACCGAUAAGAAGGAAAUGGUCUUUGUGAAUGUUCCGGUAGAACAUGUUUCCGAGGUUCCAGUGAAACAAGAACAGGGAUUUGAGGUGAAAUUUGAACCGGACGACUAUGAUGAUGAUUGCACGGUCCAAGAUCCAGACUAUGUGCCAGAUAAGGAAUACUUUGAUAUUGCACCCCUCAGGUCUGAUGGAAACGAAGACUUGGUGGCAGGUGAGGCUGAACUCCUUGCCAGAUUUCCACCAGUGCGGCUGCCCACAAGAGCGACGCUUCACAAAACUUGCGCAGAAUACGCGAAACACCUUAAUAUUCUUAAAGGUAUCAUUGUCUUGCCGAGUACAAUAGGGAAACUUCUCGAGGAAAACGCAAUCAAAACUAAAUUGGACUACAAAAAAGUGUUUGUCACGGAGAAAAUGGCUCACAUAAUCAACGCGUCGACCCUCCUAGAACACUCCAACAUCACACCGUUCAGAAGCAGAAGCCGGAGUGGCUUCCCGUGUUUUUACUGCAGACACCUAUUCGACAACUUGGAUAAACUGAAAGAGCACACGUCCGAACAUAAAAAGACUGAAAUCAAAAAGGUUUUACGCAAUUACGGCGCCGAAUGUCUGGUCGUAUACGCUGACAUCACCAACUUGUGCUGCACGAUAUGUAACACGAGCAUUUCUAACUUGAACGAACUGAAAACCCAUCUAAGCAGAGAACAUAAGAAGAACAUGUAUUUAGAUUACAACGACCGGGUGAUACCUUUCAAACUGACGCCGAACAACGUUUACGAGUGCCAAAUGUGCGGCUUCAAUUUCGAGACUUUCGGCUCCAUAGAACGCCAUAUGAACGUCCACUUCAGGAAUUAUGUUUGCAAAGAUUGCGGUACUGGAUUCGUGACUCGCUACCGAUUGAAAGUGCACGUUAAGAGCAUGCAUGUAGGUGGCAGUUUCCCUUGCGAGAUUUGCAAGAAGGUGUUCACGACACAGCAGAAGCACAAGAACCACGUGAACACAGUGCACAAUAUGGUGAAACGGUUCAAGUGCACCAUAUGUCCGGAGAGGUUCUCGGAGUAUUUCAGAAGGCAGAAACACAUGGUGCAACAACACGGUGUGGCGCCAUUGCAAUAUAAAUGCAACGUGUGCGACAAAUCUUUCGAUAGAAGAUACACUUUGUCGAGGCAUAUGAAGCGCGACCAUUUGGAGGAGAGGGACUACCAAUGCCACCUGUGCUCGUACAAAUGCUUCACCAACAAUGAAUUGCGUGUUCACAUGAUCAAACAUAACGGCGAGCGGAUAUUCGAAUGCGCUGUAUGCAAAAAGUCGUAUGCUAGAAAGAAGACUUUGAAGGAGCACAUGAGAAUCCAUAAUAACGAUAGGCGCUUCGCUUGCGCCGUCUGCGGGCAAGCGUUCGUACAAAAAUGCAGUUUGAAAGGCCAUUUGAAAACGCACCACCAUGAGUAUAAUUUGCAAUGAGGUUUCCAUUCGAUACGACCAACUAGGAAUGCUGGAAAAUAGCUGGGUUUUGAAGACCAGUGGGAAUUUAGGCACUUGGCCUCCACGCCGACGAUGAACGAAAAGCGAGUAGAGCUAGGAACUAGAAACGAGUUGGUGAGCAGCGGGAUUCAAGUGUGGAGUUCUAAUAGUUUUAUCGCUGAACUAUAAGCGAGUGUGCGAGUACGACGGGCGAUUAUUCGCGCCACUCGCUCCGAAGACAACCUUGAGCAAGUUUGAGCGAGUAUUAUCUAUUAUAGCUCUUGUCGCUUAGCGACAAAAUAGUGGAGAAAGUUCUUGCCGGCAGUGUGGACAAUCAAUGAUCAACAAUUUAUCUAAUAUGCAUCUCUUUUUGCUUACACCGAAUGUUAAGAUAUGGAUUGUAAUCUUGGAUUUUAAUGAAAUAAAAUAAGAUUCCUAUUUUAAAAGGAAAGUUAUUGAUUAAUGCAUUUGUGUAAAUACAUACUAUAAAUUGUUAUACAGUCAGUCCUCGUACUUACGGCAUGUUAGAUUCUCGAAAUACGCGACGUAAAUCGAAACGACGUAAGUCGAGACAUCGCCACGGACGCCGACCCAAGGACAUGGACCUCGCGACAAGUGAAUUCUCCUAUGCCGGAAAUCGAAACAAUUGACGUAUGCUUGAGGAAUAGUGUCAAAACAUUGUUCGACAUAAAUCAAAACGACGUAAGUCGAGGACUGCCUGUAAUGUAAGAAUAAUUAAAAUAAGCAGAGUAGGUACUAUGGUAACAUACAACAGCAUUAGCUGGUUUACUAAUUAGUUAAUUAUAGUGCGAUUCAAGGGCGUCGUCAGGCGAUUAUGGGGUCAUCCCCCAUCAUCUUCCCCUGCCCCCUUCUGGCGACACAACCAUCCCCUCAAAUUGUAGCAAAUUCUGCAAUCAAUAUCGAACUUCAAAGGCUAUGUUUGGAAUUAAAUAAAACAACAUCUCUUAUAUACAUCUGAUUUUUU